AUGGGCUGUGGCUGUGACUGUGUUUGGGAGGAGUCAGGCAGGUUGGUGUCAGUGAGGGAGUGUUUACAAACUGCUAGCAUUGGGCCUGGAGGUGUCCCUCGUUGGGGAAGGUGCUCGGCUUGGAUUCUAACGUCCUGUUUCCCCCGCCCCCAGGACUGGCAGCCCCCCUUCGCUGUCGAGGUUGAUAACUUCAAGUUCACUCCGCGGAUCCAGCGCCUCAACGAGCUGGAGGCCCAGACCCGAGUGAAGUUAAACUUCCUGGAUCAGAUCGCCAAGUUCUGGGAACUCCAGGGGUCCACAUUAAAAAUUCCCAAUGUGGAGCGGCGUAUUUUAGACUUGUACAGUCUGAACAAGAUCGUCAUCGAGGAGGGAGGCUAUGAAGCCAUCUGUAGGGACCGGCGGUGGUCGAGGGUGGCCCAGCGGCUGGGCUAUCCGCCUGGGAAGGGGAUCGGAUCCCUGCUGCGCUCUCACUACGAGAGGGUCAUCUACCCUUUCGACACCUUCCAGUCCGGAGCGAGCCUAGCGUGUCAGCCUGGGCCACAGAUCGACAGUGAGGAGAAAGACCGUGAGUACAAGCCUCACAGUAUCCCUCUGCGCCAGUCAGUGCAGCCCUCCAAGAUGAACAGUUACGGACGGAGAGCCAAGCGAUUGCAGGCUGAGACGGAGCCAACAGAGGCAGACAUCGCCAAGAAUCCGGAACUGAAGAAGCUGCAGAUUUAUGGGGCAGGUCCCAAGAUGGUGGGACUGGGGUUGGUGGUGAAAGACCGAGCCAACAGGAAGAGAGAUAAAGACUGCCUGGACUGCCCCCCAACGCUGGUGGUGAAGGAGGAGAUCAUCACUGAACCCAAGCUGGAAUAUACUCUGGAGCCGUGCCCAUUGGUCAAAGAGGAGAAGGCAGCUCCUGACGGCUGUAACAAACGCACCAUGAGGCUGCGCAAGGGAGCCACCUCACCUCAGUUUACCGAGGCCUACAUCUGUAUCAUCUGUUCUCGACACGUGGACGAAGAGAAGCUGGUGUUGUGCGAGGGCUGUGAGGAUAGUUACCACACGUUCUGCCUUAUCCCCCCUCUCCCAGAGAUCCCGAAAGGAGAUUGGAGAUGUCCCAAGUGUGUGGUUGAGGUAAGGAAUGCAGUGUUCCUCAGACCUCUUGUCGGAUUGUAA